UAUCUAAAUUCACUUUGAAUUGGCCUUUUACGUUAACACAUCCUGGAUCCUUGAUUUAAAGAUGCAGACUUUACAUCAUGCACUUUAUAUAUGGCGUAAUAACUUUUACAGUUGUAUUAAGACUCCCUAAAUAUGAUUUAAUCAGCCUAGAGUAGUAUUAUGAUGCAGGUGGAUUAUGUGACAACAUCAUGCUCAUGAUUGCAUCACUACUUUGCACUGAAAUCCAUAAGUUGCUGUGUCAUUUUAGAAAGCAAAUGUUUUUUGAGUAAGCUUAUCAAUGAAUAAGGGAGAAUAAACAUUCAUGCUACUGUAAGUCAUAGUUUCUUGUUAACAAGUAACACAAUGAUGACAAAAAGACACAGUAAAACAAUGAUCAACCUCCAAUUGGAUUUCAUUUUUCCAGUCGUCAUCGUUUAUGUGACUGUUGUCAAAAGACAUAAAAACAUCUAUGCAAGAUCCAUUUUAGGUUUAAAAAACAAAUUCUAUAUAUACAGUAGGAGUGUCAAAAUGUGGAAACUAACAUUUAACACUACUAAAAUGCAUCAGUUCAGUCCCUAACUGGGUGGGACAUGUGUUAUUACCUUGCAAAUACGCUGGCCUUUUAUUUUAAUUUUUGACAGUUUAUUUACAGAGUGGCAAUGCAACACUUUUCUGUUCACAAUAUGAUUUUGUGAUGCUAAAAGAUACUACAAGAAUAACAUGGUUUAAAGGAACUUUACAUACAAUUAACACAAACAACUACAACACCAGUACAUCAAUAAUGGUAAAGCUAUUGUAUAUAGACAGAAUUAUAAGAUAUUCAGUGUAUUGAAACAUCUUCUUUUCAUAUUUUUAGGCUCUGGUUUUACAUGUUACUAUAUAUUUUUUCUAUACAUGUUAUGGGAAAUGUCAUGUUUCAUGUCUGUCUAAUGUUACACUUUUUUGUUCUAUUGGCAUACCUUUUAUAAAAUGACAUAACAUACAUAUACUAACAUAAAUAAUAGACACAUUAGACAUGUUUAAACUACGCUGAUCACAUCACCAGACGUUAGUAUACACAUACAUAAGCUGAGACUCUUAAAUGUGCUAUAACCAUGUUAUUUCUGUUCAUUGUCUUGUGUGUGCACAUGCGCGCGUGUGUGUGUGUGUGGGCGCGUGUGUUUUGGUUCAUUCUGAUCGGCCUUCAUUGUUACUGGCUAGACUGCUCCCACCCCCCCAUCCACCCCAUCGCAACUAUAGCCACGGAUGGGGCUGCAGGCAUUAAUGCCCCUGGCAGUGCCAGCCUAAUUAAUGGUAAAAUGCAAGAUGGCAAUAUGGAGAGCAACCAGAUUAAAGUCAAGAAGCAGGAUGGAGCCGCUGCCAUGGAGAUGCAGCCUCUAAAGAGUGCUGAAGGUGGAGAGUCCGAGGAGAAAGAGAAGAAGAAGCAUACCGGUUCGAAGAAAGAGAAGUCUGUGCUCCAAGGGAAGCUGACCAAACUGGCUGUCCAGAUCGGCAAAGCAGGUUUGCUCAUGUCAGCCGUCACAGUCAUCAUCCUGGUCCUGUACUUUGCCAUUGACAACUUUGUGCUGCAGAAGCUGCCUUGGUUGCCAGAGUGCACUCCCAUUUAUGUCCAGUUCUUUGUCAAGUUCUUCAUCAUCGGUGUGACUGUGUUGGUGGUGGCCGUGCCGGAGGGGCUGCCGCUGGCUGUCACCAUCUCCCUGGCCUACUCCGUUAAGAAAAUGAUGAAAGACAACAAUCUGGUGCGUCACCUGGAUGCAUGUGAAACGAUGGGCAAUGCGACGACCAUUUGCUCCGACAAAACGGGCACGCUGACCACCAACCGCAUGACGGUGGUGCAGUGUUACAUCGGGGAUGUGCACUACAAAGAAGUGCCAGAUCCCUCAGCUCUGCCAACCAAAUCAAUGGACAUACUGAUCAACUCCAUCUCCCUCAACAGCGCCUACACCACCAAGAUACUGAGUCGAUUCAAUGAUAGCCGACCAACUUACAAAUGCCCUAAUUUAACUUGCAUAGGGAAUGAGCUGAGCAUGCGGGACAUCUGCGAUAGAAGGAUCACACAGAUUUCACUUCAUACCCCUCAAGGCACGAUCACAGCCUCGGUGUAA